UAAGGGCUAUACGGGGGAUCUUUGUGUGUGUGUGGUUCGUACGAAACCCGUGUCCGUGUGUGUCUGUGUAUUCGUCUGUCCUUGUCCGUGAUAGGUACGUGGGGGUGUUUGUGUGUAUAUGUACAAUCGUAUGUGAUAGGAACGAGCGUGAGUGUUUGUAAGAUGUGUACGCGAGUGUGUUAAGUGCGAACGCGUGUCCACGUGUCGGUGUGUGAGUGUGUGGUGUGGUGCUGGCCACCCACCUCUUCGUCUGCAGUGCCGGCCUAAAUAGGUCUUCGCUAACAGCACUUUCCCCCAAAAGUCUGUUAAGGUUAUACGGGCAAACCUUUGUCUUUGUGUAUCCCACACACGUACGUGCAUGCGCGCGCGAUGAUUGUCUGUCUGCGAGUGCGAUUGUUUCUUUCCGACUUCCUCUCCACAGCUGUUGUGUAGUUUUGCGGUUUUGCUCGCUGCGUAAAUAUCGCGGAGUUUUUACGCCUGAGCAGUGCACGGGGCGUGCGGUGGUGGUGGUGGUGGGUGUGUGUGGGUGUCGGUCGUGCGGCAGUGCGUGACGUGUCGGCGGGGUGGCCCGGUCAGUCGGGAGACGAGCGGUGCUGACAGAGAGACACGGAGAGAGCGAGCGGAGCUGAGCGAACGAGCGGAGCGAACGAGCGAACGCACACGAGGGGCUGGUAGGCUAAGACGACAACUUUUUUUUUGCAGGCGCCAGUCUCACGCACCACGAAGACACACGAAUACACACGGACAUACAUACACACGCGUGCACGACAGACGCACAGGCACACUCUCGGAAGACACGGGGGGGGGGGGGGGAGAUUCCGGUGGAUCACGAAAUCAAAUCAUGAGAACUCUCGAGUCGCAACCACGUUCGCCUGCAAAGGGCCGGCGGUCACCGACGCGAACGCGCGCGGACACGCGGCGCGAGUGACCGGAUUUUUUUUAAAGCAAACGACAAACAAAAACAAACAAAAAAAGUUAAAAGAAAGCAGCAACACUCACAAUAACAACAACAACAACGACACAGCGACCGGGGGGGGGGGAGUUGUGGGUGGGUGCCGGUAAAGGCACAGCUAGAGAGACGAGACGCAAGAGAAGGCGAGAGAGAGACAGAGAGAGAGACACGGGGAGAGAAGAGAGAGCACGGGGCGGAGGAGGGAGCCCUCGUCGCUGGAGCAGCAUGGCUCGGCUGCCCGGAGCGCCGCUUGCCCUCUUCUUCCUGCUCCUCUACCCGACCAACAUCAUCGGCCUGUGGUGGGCCGUGGGCAGCCCUCUCGUCAUGGACCCCAACAGCAUCUGCCGCAAGACGAAGCGACUCGCAGGCAAGCAGGCGGAGCUGUGCGUCACGGCGCCCAACGUCGUCGCCGAGGUGGCGAAGGGGGCCAAGCUGGCGCUCAAGGAAUGCCAGCACCAGUUCCGAUUCCGCCGGUGGAACUGCACCGUCACCAAUAAGUACUUCGGCAAGAUCCUGCAGCAGGCAGACAUUCGCGAGACCGCCUUCGUGUACGCCAUCACGUCCGCGGGGGUCACGCACGCGGUGACGCAGGCGUGCAGCAUGGGCGAGCUUCCGCAGUGCGGCUGCGCAAACACAAGGAGCCGCGCGCCCCCGGGCCCCCCACCGGCCCAGCACGGCCCCCCCCAACCCAACCAUCACGGGGCGCCCCCCACCAACCACCACGGCUCGGAGGGCGAGCGUGACUCCGAGGGCCACCACACGGCGUGGGAGUGGGGGGGCUGCGGGGACGACGUGGAGUUUGGCUACGACAAGUCGCGGCAGUUCAUGGACGCGCGGCGCAAGAAGGACGGCAGCGACAUCAAGACGCUCAUCGACCUCCACAACAACGAGGCCGGCCGCCUGGCGGUGAGCGACUACAUGCGUGUGGAGUGCAAGUGCCACGGCCUUUCGGGCUCGUGCGCCCUCCGCACGUGCUGGAAGAAGAUGCCCCCGUUCCGGGAGGUGGGCGACCGCCUCAAGGAUCGCUUCGACGGCGCCUUCAAGGUGAUGGGCAGCAACGACGGCAAGACCCUGCUGCCGGUGGGCCACAACAUCAAGCCGCCGGGCAGCCACGACCUCAUCUACUCGGCCGAGUCGCCCGACUUCUGCUCGGCGAACCGCAAGACCGGCUCGCUGGGCACUCGCGGACGGACGUGCAACAGCACGGCGCUCGACAUGAGCGGCUGCGACCUCCUGUGCUGCGGCAGAGGAGCUCGUCAGGAGACCCUCACCUUCCAGGAGAACUGCCAGUGCCGCUUCCAGUGGUGCUGCGUGGUGCACUGCAAGAAGUGCACGGUGCAGAGGGAGCUCAGCAUCUGCCAGUGACGAACGCUGUUGAUGAUUGAUGACCUAGGGGUUGAUGACGGACGGUCGGUCGGCGAUGAUGAUGGUUCUCAUGGUGCAGAGCGCUAAGUGUUUGGCAGUGACGGUGGUGGUGUUGGUGAUGACGAGGAUCGAGAUGAUUGUUGCUGAUAGUGGCAAUGUGGAUGAUGGUUCGCACGGUGAAAUAAGAGCUGAGCAUCUGCCACUGAUGAUGAUGAUGAUGGUGAUGACGGCCGUGAUGGUGACCAUAAUGAGCGUGGUGAUCAUCGUCAUGAUGAUGACGGUGGUGGUGAUUUGCACGAUAGAGGAAGCUCAGCAUCUCCCAGCGACUCCUCUGCUGCUGCUGCUGCUGCUGAUGAUGAUGAUGGUGAUCGAGGCAGUGGUGGUGGUGGUAAUGAUGGCGAUAUAUUUUUUUACGCAUGCACGGUCGACGUGUCCACACACGCACACAA